GGAGUGGGCGUGGCUCGGAGAGGGAGGCCCCGCCCACGGCGCUCCGGGUGUCCAAUGAGGGGCCUGGGCGGGGCCGGGGCAGAAGCCGGCCGCUGGGCUGUCUGCCUGCGGGAUGCUCAGGAGGAAGGAAGGAGCGCUGAGGCUCUGCAGCAGGAGCCGGAGCAUCGCCGCCGCCGCCGCCGCCUAUCUGCUGCUUCUCCUCCUCCUUCUUCUUCCCUGAAGUAGCCGGAGCCUUGCAAGCAGAUGGACUCGCCGCUGCUGGAGGGGACCCGCGUGUGGCUGCAGGAGCAGAACCAGUUGCAGCCUUGCACAGUUGGUUGUUUGGCCGAUGGGUCCGUACUCUUCACGUCAGACUAUGGUGAGGUGUUCUGCUACUCACGGGCCUCUCUGCCCAAAGAGAGGAUUUUGCCGAUGCACCAGUCGAGUGUCGAAGGCGUGGAGGACAUGUCCUCGCUGGGUGACCUGCACGAAGCUGCCAUUUUGCUCAACCUGUACCAACGCUAUCAGCAGGACUACAUCUAUACAAACAUUGGGUCCAUCUUAGUGUCUGUGAAUCCUUACAAGCCUAUUGCUGGCCUGUAUGAUGCAGCUGCCAUUGACCUCUACCGACAGCACUGUCUGGGGGAGCUGCCCCCUCACAUCUUUGCCACUGCCAGUGAGUGCUAUAGCUGCCUAUGGAGGCGACACGACAGCCAGUGUAUCCUCAUCAGUGGUGAAAGUGGAGCUGGGAAGACAGAGAGCACCAAGCUGCUGUUGAAGUUUUUAUCGGUCAUGAGCCAGAUGUCAGUGGGUGGCUCUGCAUCAGAGAAGAGCACACACGUGGAAGAGGCCAUCAUGGAAAGCAGCCCAAUUCUGGAAGCUUUUGGAAAUGCCAAGACAGUCUAUAACAAUAAUUCCAGCCGCUUUGGCAAAUUCAUCCAGCUGCACUUUUCCCAGCAUGGGCACAUCCAGGGAGGGAGAGUCACUGACUAUUUAUUGGAGAAGAACAGAGUUGUUCACCAGAACCCAGGAGAACGUAAUUAUCAUAUCUUCUAUGCUUUAUUAGCUGGCGUCAGCGGGGAACGAAAAGAAGCCCUGUCUCUGCUGGAUCCCAAGAAUUACCGUUAUUUAAACCAAUCUGGCUGCAUAACCAAUGAGAACUUGGAUGACAAAGAGAUGUUCAGCAAGGUCAUGACUGCUCUUGAGGUGAUAGGAUUCAGUUCCGAGGAAAUCAGAGACAUCUUCAAGCUGCUUUCUGGCAUUCUGCUGCUUGGCAACAUUGACUUCAUGACUGCAGGAGGAGCUCAGAUUACAACAAAAACUGUGCUGAAUAAUGUCAGCGAGCUGCUUGGCUUGGAUACUUUCCAGCUGUCUGAGGUGCUCACCCAGCGAUCCAUGUUUCUACGAGGGGAGGAGAUCAGCUCUCCUCUCACUGUGGAGCAGGCUGCAGAUUCCAGAGACUCUCUUGCUAUGGCUCUUUAUUCGCAGUGCUUCUCAUGGAUCAUUGGCAGGAUUAACUCAAAAAUAAAAGGGAAGGAAAACUUCAAGUCUGUGGGAAUCCUGGAUAUCUUCGGGUUUGAGAAUUUUCAGGUGAAUCGCUUUGAACAGUUUAACAUUAACUAUGCAAAUGAGAAGCUUCAGGAGUAUUUCAACAAGCACAUAUUUUCCCUGGAGCAGCUUGAAUACAACAGAGAAGGGAUAAGCUGGGAAGCCAUUGAUUGGAUGGAUAAUGCAGAGUGCCUGGAUCUUAUUGAAAAGAAACUUGGCUUGUUAGCACUGAUGAAUGAAGAGAGUAGAUUCCCCAAAGGCACAGACAGUACUCUGUUGGAAAAGCUCCACAGUCAGCAUGGGAGCAACCAGUAUUAUGUGAAGCCCCGAGUGACAGAUUUCCAGUUCGGGAUUCAGCAUUAUGCUGGAGAGGUUCUCUAUGAUGUGAGGGGCUUCCUAGAGAAAAACAGGGACACCUUCCGAGAUGAUGUCUUAAACUUGUUGAAAGACAGCAGGCUUGAUUUCAUCUAUGACCUCUUUGAAAGAGUCUCUAGCUGCAGCAACGAAGACACCCUGAAGAUGGGGACUCAGAGGCGGAGGCCAACCGUCAGCUCCCAGUUCAGGGACUCCUUACAUUCCUUAAUGGCUACUCUCAGCACUUGCAACCCACUGUUCAUCCGCUGCAUCAAACCCAACCUGGAAAAGGCCUCAAAUCUCUUCAGUCCAGAUGUGGUGUUGAAACAACUGCGAUAUUCAGGCAUGCUGGAGACUGUGAAGGUACGAAGAGCUGGAUUUCCUGUACGGCGGAUUUUUCAGGAUUUUCUCCUCAGGUACAAGAUGCUUUUGAAGGCCUGCAACAAUCCAGAUAAUGCAAAGACUAUAUGUUCAGAGUUCCUGCAAACAUAUGACAAUUCCCAAAGAGCAUGGAAGCUUGGGAAAACCAAGGUUUUCCUGAAGGAGGCUCUGGAGCAAACACUGGAGAAGGCCCGGGAAGAGGAGCUGAGGAAAGCGGCGACCAUCAUCCGAGCCCACGUCCUGGGCUACAUGGCAAGAAAGCGGUAUCAAAGGGUGCUAGCCAGUGUUGUGACCAUCCAAAAGAACUACCGCGCUCACUUCUGGAAGAAGUCCUUGCUGCGCCUCAAGGCCUCCACUGUUGUCCUGCAGAAGCACUGGCGCGGACAGCUGGCUCGCAGCCUCUAUCGGCACCUGCUGCAGGAGGAACAGAGGCGGAGGCAGGAAGCCAAGGAACAGAGGCGGCAAGAGGAAGAGAGGCUUAAAAAGGAGGAAGAAGAAAGACAAUGGCAAGAAGAGAGGGAGUGUAGGAGGAAGAAGGAGGAGGAGGAGAAAAAGAAGAGAGAAAAGGAGCAGUUGGAAGCAGCAUUGCACCUGGCUCAGAUGGAAGUGCUAAGGACACAAGAAGAGGCCCAGCCGUUGCAGGAAGAGGAACGGCGUCAGAUGGAGGAGAUUCUGCGCCUGGAAAGGGAGAUUGAGAAGUUGCAAUGGCAGCAGAAGACAGAACACAUUUCCAUCACCUGUGAAAACACCAAGAAUGAAAUGAAACGGCAGCGGGAGGAGGAGAUACAGAGGCUAGAGAAAGAAGCCUCUAGGGUUGCGCAGGAGUUCUUGGAGCUGCUGGAUUUUGGGAAUCUGGAUGAGAACGUGCAAGGCUUGGAACGCUCCCUCUCCAAUGAAGGGACCCUCAACAUUGAGUGCAGCCUGGUGGCUCCUCUGGCCGAGGAAGAGGAAGACGAAGGUUUUCCUGCAGACGAAGAGGGUCCGCCAGUCCCCAGCCCAAGCCUCUUGAACCAGGACAGCAGCACCAGGACCAGCGAUAACUAUUACUCUGAGGAGGAUACAUCUCCCAAUAUGCCAUUGCCUGAGGAGGGAGAGAAUGGGGAACUCAAUUCUCUGAACCUUUCUACAGAGAGACCCGAGGGUCUUCAGAGACAGAGCAUAGAAAACAUCUACCACACUGUCUCGGAGAUCCUGCCGGGUGACAUCGUGGAAUCGGAUGAUCCCAUCUACAGCUUGCCUCCAGAUGUGGAGUCAGACUAUGACCAUGAGGAGUUUGAGGGCAGCGGAGAGGGUGGGAGCACGUCAGCGGAGCCACUGAACGGGGAGAAAGUCCUACACAAUACUCACAGCAACGGUGUUGACUCCAACCGUGGAAGCCUGGACUCCUUUCUGGAUAGUGAAGAUGAAGGGGAUACGUACAUGGACACAGAUGAAGAACUGUGCAGCACUCGGGUCAGCAUGCUGAAUGGGUCAGGGCCAGCCUAUUUCCACAGCUAUCUCUACAUGAAAGGGGGCUUGAUGAACCCCUGGAGACGGCGUUGGUGUGUCCUGAAAAACGAAGCCUUCAUGUGGUUCCGGGCCAAACAAGAAGCCUUGAAGUCAGGCUGGCUCUAUAAGAAAGGAGGGGGCAUGUCCACACUCUCGCGGCGAAAUUGGAAACGGCGCUGGUUUGUGCUAAGGGAAGCCAAGCUGAUGUACUUUGAGAAUGACAGCGAGGAGAAGCUGAAAGGGACAAUCGACAUCAGGAAAGCCAAAGAAAUUGUGGAUAUCCAUGAGAAAGAGAAUGCCCUUGAUGUUGUGACAAAUGACCGGGUUUAUCACAUAGUGGCAGAGUCACCAGAGGAUGCCAGUGACUGGUUCAACGUCCUGAGCCGUGUGCACAGUGCUACAGAGCAGCAGCUGAGGGAGAUGCAGGAUGAACAAGCCAACCCAAAGAAUGCCGUGGGAACCCUUGAUGUGGGGCUCAUUGACUCCGUCUGUGCUUCUGACAAUCCUGACAGGCCAAACUCCUUUGUGAUAAUCACAGCAAAUAGAGUCAUUCACUGCAACAGUGACAUCCCUGAGGAGAUGCAUCACUGGAUCUCCCUCCUGCAGAAACCUAAGGGUGAAUCUAGGGUAGAUGGACAGGAAUUUCUUGUGAGAGGGUGGCUUCAUAAGGAGGUCCAGGGCAGCAGCAAAACAUCUUCUCUAAAAGUGAAGAAACGCUGGUUUGUGUUGACCAACACAGCACUUGACUACUACAAAUCAUCAGAGCGCACUGCCACCAAGCUUGGGACGCUUGUGCUCAACAGCCUCUGCUCAGUGGUCCAACCCGAUGAGAGAGUCUUCAAAGAAACUGGCUACUGGAACAUCACGGUGCAUGGCAGAAAGCAUUCAUACCGCCUUUACACCAAGCUGUUGAAUGAAGCCAUGCGCUGGGCCUCUGCCAUCCAAGGAGUGAUCGACAGCAAGGUUCCCAUUGAAACACCCACACAGCAACUCAUUCGCGACAUUAGGGAAAACAGCAUGAACCCUGAAGUGGUAGAACAGAUCUAUCGAAGAAAUCCUAUCCUGCGAUACACCCAGCAUCCUUUGCACUCCCCUCUGCUUCCCCUGCCCUAUGGGGAUGUUGGAGUCAACUUGCAGCAAGAGAAGGGCUACAGCAGCCUCCAGGACGAAGCCAUGAAGAUCUUUAAUUCCCUUCAGGAAAUUGAAACCGUGUCUGACCCCAUCCCCAUUAUCCAGGGCAUCCUGCAGACCUGCCAUGACCUCAGGCCUCUCCGUGAUGAGGUUUAUUGUCAGCUGAUCAAGCAAACUAACCAUGUGCCGCAGCCCAACAGCCCUGGAAACCUUCACCACUGGCAGCUGAUGACCUGCAUGAGCUGCACUUUCUUGCCCAGCAGAGGAAUCCUCCGCUACCUCAAGUUCCACCUCAGAAGAGUAAGAGAUCUCUUUGCAGGCACAGAAAUAGACCGGUAUUCUCAGUUCAUCAGUGAUUCACUGAAGAAAACCAAGAGCAGGGAGUUUGUCCCUUCCCAGGAGGAGAUACAGGCCCUCAUCACCCGGGAGGAAAUGACCACCACAGUUUAUUGCCAUGGAGGAGGCUCCUGUCAAAUCACAAUCAAUUCCCAUACGAGUGCAGGAGAGGUAGUGGAGAAGCUGAUCCGAGGACUCGCCAUGGAGGAUAGCCGGAACAUGUUUGCUCUCUUUGAAUGCAACAAGCACAUGGACAAGGCCAUCGAGAGUCGGGUGAUUGUAGCAGAUGUUUUGGCCAAGUUUGAGAGACUUGUUGGGUCAGUGGAAGAAGAGGAGGAUGCACACUGGCAGCUGUAUUUUAAACUGUACUGCUUCUUGGAUGUUGAAAAUGUUCCCAAGGAGGGAGUAGAAUUUGCCUUCAUGUUUGAGCAGGCUCAUGAAAGUCUCAUUGAUGGUCACUUCCCAGGCCCUGAGGAGACCUUGCAGCACCUGGCAGCGCUGAGGCUACAGUACCUUUAUGGAGACUAUUCCAAAAUCUCCUGGUCCCUCGACAGUGUCUACCCAGUCAACAGGCUGAAGUCCAAAAUCCUGCAGUCCACAAAGAGCAGCGGUCCCAGCAGCCAUGCCCUGGAGAGGCGGAGGACCAGUUUCCUAGAAGGCACACUGAAGCGCAGCUUCAAAGCAGGCUCCAUGAAGAAGCAAAAGGUGGAAGAGGAACAGAUGGUGGAGAUGUGGGUGAAAGAGGAGCUGUCUGCUGCUCGGGCCAGCAUUGCGGAAAAGUGGAGCAAACUGCAGGGAUUGCUCCAGCAACAGGCUCUGAUUGCCUAUAUGGCCAUCAUGAAGGAAUGGUCAGGCUAUGGCUCCACUCUCUUUGACGUUGAGUGUAAAGAAGGCGGCUUUCCAAAUGACCUCUGGCUAAGUGUCAGUACAGAAAAUGUUUCUGUUUAUAAACGGGGAGAACCCAAGCCUCUAGAAACUUUUCAAUAUGAGCACAUUGUCUUCUUUGGGGCUCCCCAGCCAAACACCUUCAAGCUGACCGUGGAUGAGAGAGAGAUGUACUUCGAAACCCCACAGGUCGGAGAGAUUAUUAAAAUAAUGAAAGCUUAUAUCAAUAUGAUUGUGAAGAAAUGCUGUAGUGUCAGAUCAGCCACCAGCCUAGACAGCCAUGCAAGUAUCUGGACAAGGUGAUGAGGUCGGGGAAGCUGAACUAACCCCUUGAGAAGACACGGGUUGCAUCCCAGCCAGAAUUGUAGCAAAUAUUGUUUUUGUAAGGAGAGCGGAUCCUCCUCUUAACAUAUUGUUCAGAGAGAAGAAAAAGCAACUGGUGCUGAGCAUCCGCACUUGCGGGUUUUGCUCCAUAACUAAAAUCAUAGUGACAACCAUCUGGCCUUUUCUUUGCUCUCACGUUUGUGGAAAAGACCAAGCCGGGGCAAAAUUGGACCCACCUUUCCCUACAGGUUGUUAAGACCUUCUGUGCAAUAAAAACAGCAGGGAAAUGAGAGUAUCUGAGGUUAUGCUUCAACAAGCCAGACAAGACUUAAUACUCUGGACCACAUGCCAACUUAAGCUGAAGGCUCCCAGUUGCUUCGUAGCCAAACUCUCCACUGGCAAAGACUGGCUUGCCCUCUUUUCGGAGGGUCACGUUCCCUCAGGGAUGAGCUGCUGCUACUACUGAAUAGUCUUAUAUUGCGGACCUCUCUGUGGGGCCAUUGUGUUGUAUUACCAUCCCCAGGAGUUCAAGAUAAAUGACAAAAGCUUCCAAAUCACAUCACGUUUUUCAAAUUUUGGCUGCAAAGAGGUUACUUUGGGUUUGCUGUUUGCGGUUCCCCAGCUGUGUGUGAGGACCUGGGCUUCUGUGCCCUUUGCAGGGGAGCAAUUUCCCAUGGUGCAUGUUUGGGGAAGACGUUGUGUAAAAAGCUCCCUUUAUCUGAUCAGUUCAGGGGAUGAAAUUUGUGGUCAGAUUUAUGUGGUAUUUUUCUUAAACUUCUAUGCUGCUGUCUUCAAUUUCCAUGGCUCCUUGCAGGAGUUUGGACUGUUUGGGUUUUUAAAAUCUUUGUUCCUUUUUUAUAGACUGUUUUUUUCUGCACUGUUGGUGUCACACAUGAGAUGCAAAACAUCAUGAAGCAAUUAACCAUAAAAUGUCAGUCCAGCCUUCCCCAACCAGUGCCCCCCAAAUGUGUUGGAAUACAACUAUCAUUACUUCUGCUGGCCAUGCUGCCUGAAGGCAAUGGGAGUUGUAGUCCACUCCAGUUAGAUGGGGGAGGGUACUGAGUUGGAAAGGCCAGUAUUGAGUGUUUUGUGUGGUUCAAAGCGCUCUUGGGACAACAGGCUAUUGGCCUAUUUUGGUUACAAGUUCCAAAAACCAGAGGAAUGGGUUUUUCAUGUUUUGCACUUUUUUUCAAUCUAAAAUCCAAAUUCAGUAAAGGAGUAACCCCCUUCCCCCACUCAUAUAAAUUAUGAAAUGUAUAUACAAUUUAGGCUAAAUAAGAAUAGCUGCCUCUUUGGCUUAAUUUAUCCUGCUAGACACAGGAAAAGAUAAAGAGUUAAGAUUGAAGUAUUAACUCCCAGUCCUUACAUUUGGAAAUCUGCUCCACCAAUACACACUUGCAAACCCUUAGAUUUAUGGACUAGGAACUUGUUUUUUCAAACAAAGAACACCCCACAUUCUCAGCAUCUUGAAUUCUAUUUGAUAAAUCUGGGAGAGAUUCCCAAUUGCUUCUACAACAAGGGGAGGAAUGAGACCCUCCAGCAGAUUCUGGAGCACAACUCACAUCACUCCUCAUCAGUAGCUGUCUUCCAUGGGCUGAUGACAGUUGCAGUCCUGCACCUGGAGGGCUGAACUUUGUUAUCUCUAUCUGAAGAACACCAGUAGGUAGUCUGCCAUCCCUUCCAACUUUCCAUCAGGCAACACUAAAUAUCAAACAUCUUAGAACCCAACUAACUGUUCUUUCACUAGAAAUUAUCCUCUAUAAAGGGUUUUCCCAGUAAGGAACAUUCCGUCCCAUUCCUGGUGAUGCAUUCAUGAUCCCUUUAGUGAAGCUGAAACUACACUCAAAUAUCCUGUGUAUGUUGUAUAAAUAUAUUCCCAGGCUGGCCAUAAAUUUCACAUCUCAUCCUUCUGUCGUUUUUGAUGGAAACGUUGCCCUAAAAAACAGGGUUUGGUGACAGCAAGAGCUACUUUUCUAGGUUAUGGAAUUGAAAUGGAAGAGACCAAUAGAACAAACAUGAUGCUGCCUGAUUAGUCCAACAUGCUGACAAGCUUUCUUAAUACUCUCCCCCCAAUCCUUGGUCCUGCACUACUUCCACAUUCUGGCUCAUGGGUUGCUGCAGGCAGCUUAAACCCAGUUGGGAAUGUAACUACCAUUAACUUGCAGAUUUCCUUCUAUUCUUUUUGUUUAAUUUGUAACUGGCUUUACAAGAUGGGGGUUUAAUAAAUUAUUGGAUUGCAUAACCAA